CCUUUUUUCCCCCUCCUCCUAACCGGCCUAUUUUGUCCUCUCCCUCUCUCUCAUUCUAUAUCUAUUCACUUUCACACUCACCUCAUUAUCAUGGCAGAAGAGCAAAACCACCACCUUCCUCCAGAGUCACCACAAGAGCAAAACCUCCACCCUCCUCCAGAGUCACCACCACCACCACAACAAAAACCACAAAACAACCACUACCAGAACCACUUUCCACCACCCGAAAUGAUUCCGGACCGAAAUAUAAAAGAAUGUAACAUGCAUCACCAAACCAGUGAACCCUACAGAGCUCUCUGCACCUGCCUCACCAUCCUCCUCCUCAUCCUCGGCGCCACCACCCUUGCGCUCUGGCUCGUUUACCGCCCCCACAAGCCGCAGUUCACUGUCGCCGCGGUCGCCAUCUACUCCCUCAACGCCACCUCCCCUCCCUCCCAAAUCUCCACCACCAUGCAGUUCACCAUCGUCACCUGCAACCCCAACCGGAGGGUCUCCAUCCGCUACGACCGUCUCCAGGCCUUUGUGGCCUAUCGCAACCAAGCCAUUACCCAGCAGGUGAUGCUCCCCCCGCUGGCGCACGGGCGCCAUAGUAGCGUGGCUGUGUCGCCCGUGCUUGGGGGAGUGGCGGUGCCGGUGUCGGGGGAGGUGUUGAACGGGCUAGCGAUUGACGAGGCGUACGGGGUGGUGAAACUGAGGGUGGUGGUGGUGGGGAGGCUGAGGUGGAAGGUGAUGGGGUUGGGGAUAAGGACCGGGCAUUAUAGGAUCUAUGUCAAGUGUGAUGUGCUGGUUGGGUUGAAGAAAGGGUUCGUGGGUCAAGUUCCAUUGCUGGGUUCUCCUAAUUGUAAAGUUGAUAUAUGAUCGAGUAGAUUUUUGGUUGUUGCAUUUGAUCAGAAUUUGUGAAGUGGAUGAUGGAGAUGAAGAGGUGGCAAAUGACACAUGGCUAUAGAAGUGAUGUUCAUGACAGUGGAGAUGGCAUGUAUUAGGUGGUUUAGCGCGACACUUGUAGUUUGCCACCGCAAACUAUUUGCUAGUAGCCUAAUAAUUAAUUACUUGUUCCCUCUCAGAAAAAAAAAAAUACUUGUUCUCGUUUGAUCACCAAGCGGUAAAAACGUGACAAAGGCGCACUCAAAUUCAAGGGCAGC